UCACAAUGAAGCAUUUUGAAAUACAAUUGUUUAUAGUUUUCAUUUGGAAGGGACUUUAUUUGGUUACAUUAGAUUAUCGAUGAAACAGACUUUUUUAAUGACACUUUUGUGCUAUUGUUCCAGACCUUAUCCACCUAAUGAUUUCAGGUCUCUACUCAGCUACAAAACGUGGAGCCAUUCUGUGUAGAUUAAUGGAAUUGAAUCAAACACAUCUAUUACACACAUUUAUCCUUUGAUAAAACUGCACAUGUAUCCAAAAUAAACAAAUCAGAGAUUGUGAUGUUGGUGUGAAACUAUAUAGAUUUAUUAAGUGUACUGCUAGCUUCUGAAUUUCUGCUGAAUACCAACGUUUGGUAAACGUUACAACGACCUAUUGGUGUUUUCUUUUGAAAUCCCUUUAAAAAAGAAAAACAUUGACUGUAAUAAAUGUUGCUUCCAAUGUAACAGCAGCUUCGAUAACAACUCGGGUUGUGCUCGUAUUUUUCCGUAACUCCUCCCCCUGUCCAGCCUCGAUGUUGUCAGGGGCAACUGUGAGAGACGCUUUUCAGUCACACUGGAGGCUACACUACAACACUGAACGUUACGGCUGUUAUUUCUAUUAACUUCGAGAUUGAACAACUAAGAAAGCAUUUCCCUAACGGAAAAUACAGUGAGAGGGGAGCAGUGGGGACAUGGCGGUGUAUUUUGACCACCGUAUUGAUGCCCCUGAAAGCAGUGGAGUGCCCUCUCAAUUGACCUGGCACACUGCUCUUCCUGUACUGGCUGUGGCUUCAAGCAGCCCCACCACUGGAGGCCACAUAGACCUCUACCUGCAGCAGGGAGAGUAUGUGGAGAGCUGCCAUUUAGAGCGUCCUUACCUGCCCACAGUGCUGCGCUGGCAUCCCACAAAACCAGUGUUGGCACUCGGCUGGGAGAACGGAGAGGUGGUGCUGCUGACGCACCCCUCUGGAGAUCAAACAGUCCUUCCCUGCACACACACAGACUUCAUCACUCUGCUGGAGUGGAGUAGCUCUGGCAGCCGCUUGGUAACUGGUGAUCAUACUGGAGGUCUAGCAGUGUGGAAAGUGGAUGCUCGAGGGAGACUUCAGGGAAACCAUCUUGUAAAGCAUGAAUACAACAAACCUCUAACUUGUUGCAUCUUCAGACCAGCUUCACCUGGAGACGAUGUGGCAAAGCUAGCCCGGGCAUCUGUGAGUGGAGAUGAGAGUGCUCUGGACAUGUUCAGCUGGAAGGGAGCACCUCUCAAGAUGGGCCCACAGGAGGGACUUGCAUUCUAUGUCAGCACUGCAGAUGGUAAAGUCCACUGUGUGGAUGAACAUUGUAAGACAAAUACACUUCUCAGUUUGGAGGGUUCAAUUAAGAAGCUUUUCUACCUUGAGAAAAGAGAGGCGCUCGCUGUGAUCACAGAGACCAUGAUGUUGUCACAGUACACUCUUGGACCUGAGGGGGGAGCCCAGGAAUUAAUGAAGGUUAAGUUGAGUAGCCGGACUGGUCAGAACGUAGACAUUGUCUGGACAGAGAAUGGCCUCCUCGUCACAGCUACAGGAGAACUUGUUAUCAGGUUGUGGGACCUGGAACGAGAUGACAACUAUGUUCUGGCUCUUGACGAGACUCUUGGAUUUGAGAGAGGAGAGAUGAUCAACUGUGUUUCAUACUGUGCAGGAAAAGAAAUCUUGGCUGCUGGUACCACCAAUGGGCGUAUAGCAAUAUGGAGGAUGGUGGUGCAGCCAGACAGCAGCAGAGCUGAUACCAAGGCCCAGUGGAAGCUACAGACACCCACAGAAGUAGAGGGAAAUGUCACACAUCUACAGUGGGGCUCGAGCCAGAAUUUGCUGGCAGCCAACAACUCAAACACAGUGCUGAUCCUGUGUGAGCAUGUGAUGUCGGCCCACUUCAGCCAACAGGUGGCAGCAGUGCAGCUCACUCCGACCCAGCUCAGCAUCAUCCAGUUCCCUGCAGGAGUGCAUCUGGCUCUACAGUCUGACAGACACAUCAAGGGAGUGUGUGUUACCAAGGAUUCAGUGACCGUCUGGAGUGGCAAGCAGGUGACUGUGUACGAGCUUUCAGGGACAUCUCUUCAUAAUACAGGAUCCUUCCCUUGUGAUUCCCCUGUAGUAGCUGCACAUGGUGAGAACCUCUACACUGUGGAACCCAACAGAGUCCAGAUUCGCACACCACAGGGUACCGUAAAGCAACUGCUGACCUUCUCCAAGGCAGAGGGUAAUCCUGUGAUGCUCAGUGUGUGUCAGUCUUACCUGGUGGUAGGCACAGACACUGCCCACAUCAGAGUCUUUGACCUCUCCCGAAGAGAUGCCAAGGCACACUGCAAUGCUAAGAACUUAGCUGAGCAGAUUUCCAAUCUGGGUGCUCUGAGGUCGGUCAAAUGUAACGCGAACGGCAGCCAAAUCAGCAUCCUAAUCUCUCAGGUGAAUGGACGGCCUGAUCACAAAGUGUACUUCUAUGACGUUGAGAUGGACACUGUGACACAUUUUGAUUUCUUCAUCGGCAGACCACCCAGUGGUAUCUCACAACCAGAAGAAAGUGAAAGGCAGCAGUUUCAGAUGACAGAGCUCAGCGGUCGCUGCCCUGUGUCUCACUUCUGGGAUGAGAGUGAACCUCGUCUUUUUGUGUGUGAGACUGUGCCGAUCAGCUCUGAAUCCUCAUCAACUAGUUUCUUGUCCAUGAUGGACGUGUCGGUAGUGACCCUCUUCUGUACACAGGAGCAUGGGCUCCUCCUUCAGGACUACUACCUCAAACCACCAGGCCUGCAGGCCCUCCUUGCUCUGGACGUCCCCUACUAUUAUUUCAGCUGCAAGCCUGGCGAGAGAGAUCAAAGUUUAACAGAGGUGUCAGCCACAACAUCAGCACCUCCACACCCGACACAGCCAUCAAGAGGGACAGCGGCCCACUCUUCCCACAUGGUGUCCAGGCGUGCUCUCAGAGACUUUGUGGGCCUGGAGAACUGUGAGAAGGCCACCCGUGAUGCCAUGCUUAACUUCAGCUUCUACCUGACAAUCGGCGAUAUGGACGAAGCCUUCAAAUCAAUCAAGCUCAUCAAGAGUAAAGCAGUUUGGGAAAACAUGGCACGGAUGUGUGUGAAAACCCGUCGGCUGGAUGUGGCACGUGUGUGUCUGGGGAAUAUGGGAAAUGCCAGGGCAGCAAAAGCACUGAAAGAGGCGGAGGGUGAGCCGGAGCCAGAGGCCCAAGUGGCGAUGUUGGCCAUUCAGCUCGGCAUGCUGGAAGAUGCAGAAAAGUUGUACAAGAGCUGUCAACGCCAUGACCUGCUGAACAAUUUCUACCAGGCCUCUGGCCAGUGGAAGCAUGCUCUGGAAACAGCAGAAAACCAAGAUCGUAUCCACCUGCGGACCACCUACUACAAUUACGCCAAGUACCUGGAGUCUACGGGGGACAAAGCCCUCGCCCUCGCAUAUUAUGAGAACUCAGACACACACAGGGUUGAAGUUCCCAGAAUGCUCCAGGAUGACACAGGAUCUCUGGAGAUCUACGUCAACAAAAUGAGAGACAAGAAUAUCUACAAGUGGUGGGCACAGUACCUGGAGAGUCAGUCAGACAUGGAUUCAGCUCUGCGUUUCUAUGAUUGUGCCGAGGAUUACCUCUCUUUGGUUCGAGUCCACUGCUACAUGGGAAACAUUCAGAAGGCCUCUGAGAUAGCCAAUGACACAGGAGACAGGGCCGCGUCUUACCACCUGGCCAGACACUACGAGGGCCAUGAUGACAUCAAACAGGCAGUCCACUUCUACACACGAGCACAGGCCUACAACAACGCCAUACGACUUUGUAAGGAGAGUGGUUUGGAUGACCAGCUGAUGAAUCUGGCUCUGCUUAGUAACCCAGAAGACAUGAUGGAGGCCGCCUGUUACUAUGAGGAGAAAGGCACCCAUAUGGAUCGAGCUGUCGCCCUCUACCACAAGGCUGGAUAUGUCUCCAAAGCUCUGGAGUUGGCUUUUUCCACCCAACAGUUCUCUGCACUUCAACAGAUCGCUGAGGAUCUGAAUGAGACCUCGGACCCGGCCCUCCUCGCACGCUGCUCUGACUUCUUCAUCACACACUCCCAGUAUGACAAGGCUGUGGAGUUACUGGUAGCAGCCAAACAGUACCAACAGGCCCUGGAGGUGUGUGUGAGCCAGAACUUGACCAUCACAGAUGAGCUGGCAGAGAGGAUGACGAUCAUUGAUUCUAAAGAUCUAUCUGAUGAGGACAGAAAGGAGCUGCUGGAGAGGAUAGCUGACUGCUGCAUGCGUCAGGGAAAUUAUCACCUGGCCACCAAGAAAUACACACAGGCAGGAAACAGGCUCAAGGCCAUGAGAGCACUUCUCAAGUCGGGCGACACAGAGAAGAUUGUGUACUUUGCCAACGUUUGUCGCCAGAAGGAGCUUUUCAUCAUGGCUGCCAACUACCUCCAGUCUCUGGACUGGCAGAAAAAUCCUGAGAUCUUGAGGACAAUCAUUGGUUUCUACACAAAAGGCAGGGCACCGGACCUGCUCGCUGGCUUCUAUGAAGCAUGUGCCCAGGUGGAGAUUGAUGAAUACCAGAACUAUGAAAAGGCUCUGGAUGCUUUGACCGAGGCGUUCAAGUGCCUCUCAAAAAUAAAGGACCCUGGACAACAUGAAGUAAGGCUGGCGGACCUGCAGCAUAAAGUCACCCUCAUCAAGAAGUUUGUCCACGCACGCAGGUUGUACACAGAGGACGCUGGUGAGGCAGUGCGCUUAUGUGAAACUCUGCUGGAGGAGCCAGAGCUGGACCCUGCUGUCAGGAUCGGAGAUGCAUUCGGUUUCCUGGUGGACCACCACAUUCGGCUGGGCAACUUCCAAUUGGCCUACAGUAGACUUGAGGAGCUCCAGAGGCUUCUGCCAGGACAGAAUGUCAGGUACUAUAUAAACCAAGCCAGUCUGCAGGCCCUGCAGAAAGAGCAGGGCGUACCCAUGAAUCGAGGAGACAACAACCACAAUAUGAAGGAGGAAGACGAAGUGGAAGAGGACUUGAACUUAUCCUAAAUACGUCUUCCCUUUCUUUGUAUUUUUCUAAACAAUAUAAUAUAUUUUCAUAUAUUUUAUUUCUUUAUUCAUGUGUAUAAAUAGCUUUGUUUUCUGACACAUGAAGAAACAAAUGUCUGCACUUUGUCAGAUGGGAAUGCCUGUGUGGUAGGUUCUGUGAAAAACAGCACCAAGAGGUGUGUGUAGGAGUUACCAACAGAAGUUAAAUUGGUAAAAGGAGCACAUUCGUUUUGUCAUAGGAUGCACUUCAUUAUCACAGACUGAAAGAUCACUGUAAAAGAGAUUCUCAGAGAGAAAGCUACAACAAGACCUCCUGAGAUUAUUUAAAAUCUUACACUUAUCAAGGCAGUUGACCUGAACAAUAAAAGUGAUUCAAUUCACCUUAAUCCUGGAUUGACACUUCAGAUCAAUGAAUAAAGGUUUGUAUUUGCCUUUGAGCAGAAUUUAAAUCUAGUUUUGAUUCUGGAUGUUGAGUAUGUCCUGAAUUAUUCUUGUGUUUUUUACAUUUGGUACAAUGUAUUUUCAAUAUUCAAUCACUGUAUGAAUUGUAAGAAUCCUCUCAGUGUCAAAAGUGAUACCUGUGUAAAGCAUUUUGCAGCUAUUUUUGAUAACUUGUGAGUAAAUUUUUUACUUACUGUAGCACAUGAUAUUUUGUAUUUAUGUUCUGAAUUUCAAUGCAUUUUUUCUAUACAUUGCAAAGUAGCUUUAAUAAAAAAAAUCUGAGCUCAAAUGUA